GGCAGUUUCGUACAUUCACGCCUGUUCACUCCUAGACUAUCAAGUACCAACUGUUCCUCAAUCCUCAUCUCCCUCUCUCUCUCUCUCUCUCUCUCUCUCUCUCAUUUUAUUUUUCGCAGACGCUUCAACUUGGAACCCUAGCUUUCUGUCUCGUAAAUUAUAGCUCAAGGUAUGGGCGAAGCAAGGGAAAAUGAUGCUUACGAGGAAGAGCUUUUGGACUACGAAGAAGAAGAUGAAAAAGCCCCCGAUUCCGUUUCCAAAGCCGCCGGCGAAACCGUCAAGAAGGGCUAUGUUGGAAUUCACAGUUCGGGAUUUAGAGACUUCCUGUUGAAACCAGAGCUGCUUCGUGCCAUUGUAGAUUCUGGAUUUGAACAUCCUUCAGAAGUUCAACACGAGUGCAUCCCUCAAGCUAUCCUAGGAAUGGAUGUCAUUUGUCAAGCAAAGUCUGGGAUGGGGAAAACUGCAGUCUUUGUUCUGUCAACUCUGCAACAAAUUGAACCUGUUGCAGGUCAAGUUGCUGCACUUGUGCUUUGCCAUACAAGAGAAUUAGCAUACCAGAUAUGUCAUGAGUUUGAGAGGUUUAGUACCUAUCUGCCAGAUAUCAAGGUUGCUGUCUUCUAUGGUGGGGUUAAUGUUAAGAUUCACAAGGAUCUGCUGAAAAAUGAAUGCCCUCAUAUUGUUGUUGGUACGCCCGGAAGAAUUUUGGCUCUUGCAAGGGAUAAAGAACUAGGAUUAAAGAAUGUGAGACAUUUUAUUCUUGAUGAGUGUGACAAGAUGCUUGAAUCACUUGACAUGAGGAAAGAUGUUCAGGAGAUAUUCAAGUUGACUCCUCAUGAUAAGCAGGUUAUGAUGUUUUCAGCAACACUCAGCAAAGAGAUACGCCCUGUUUGCAAGAAAUUUAUGCAAGAUCCAAUGGAAAUUUAUGUGGACGAUGAGGCUAAGUUGACACUUCAUGGCCUUGUACAGCACUACAUCAAAUUGAGUGAGCUGGAGAAAAACCGCAAGUUGAAUGAUCUCCUUGAUGCAUUGGACUUCAAUCAAGUUGUCAUAUUUGUCAAAAGUGUGAACAGAGCAGCUGAGCUGAACAAGUUACUAGUGGAAUGCAAUUUCCCUUCUAUUUGCAUCCAUUCUGGAAUGUCUCAGGAAGAAAGAUUGACACGCUAUAAGAGUUUCAAGGAGGGUCAUAAAAGAAUCCUUGUCGCAACAGAUUUAGUUGGAAGGGGAAUUGAUAUUGAGCGUGUGAACAUUGUUAUCAAUUAUGACAUGCCUGAUUCUGCCGACACCUACCUACACAGGGUGGGCAGGGCUGGUAGGUUUGGCACCAAAGGGCUUGCUAUUACUUUUGUUUCUUCGGCUUCUGAUUCUGAUGUUCUGAAUCAGGUUCAGGAGAGGUUUGAGGUGGAUAUAAAGGAGCUUCCUGAGCAAAUUGACACCUCUACAUAUAUGCCAUCAUGAUGAAGCUCUUUCACCAACAAGCUUCCAUGGAAUUUCGUUUGUCAACUUGGGAAGCAAGAUUGCAUCGAGCAUGGAGAAUUUCCUGACAAGGCAUGUACUAUGUUCUAAUUUUAUUUCAGAAUGAUGUUUUUAUGUAGCGGUACCAAACUACGGUGGUAGAAGCUGCGCAGUUAUAUCAUAGAUGUCUUUAGGCUUGGCAUUCGCCUUGAUUAUAUCAAAGUUGAUCAGAAGGCUGUAGGGGAAUUGAAAAACUAGGCAUAGCUUAAUCAUUUGUGCCAUAAAUAUCUUAAGACGUUCGUCUCCCACCAAUGUUAACAUGUGCGAUGUUGUAUUGUAGAAUUCCAGUUAUUAGUUUGCGGGUGAUAUCUCUAAGCCACCUUCUCGUAUUCUGUCAUACGGAUUAUAUUUUUCUUUUAUGUUUGAAGGAGAGUUUGAGUUAUGAUUGUAGAAGUUGGAAUUAUGUGGAUGUGAGCCAAACUCCUAAUGAGAUUAUUUUGGCUUUUGUUGAACUUCAGACAUUAUGUAUAGGGCUUGAUUCCUAUGCUUUAAAAUUUAAGGUAGUUAUAAUUGCGGUUUUUAUGUGUAA